AGAGCCAGUGACCAAACAAGCGUUCGCACCAACUACCCGGAGCCUGACGGAGCGAGAUCACCCGCCGCCGGCGAGACCCGCCAGGGGAGAUGGCCGGAGACGAGGGGUGGAAGAGGAGCGGCAUCGAGGUGAGCACCCUGCAGUUCGGCUACGACGGGCAGGCGCCGCUCUUCGCGCGCUUCAACCUCCGCGUCGCCCCCGGCUCGCGCUGCCUCCUCGUCGGCGCCAAUGGAUCCGGCAAGACCACUCUCUUGAAGAUCCUUGCAGGGAAACAUAUGGUUGGAGGACGGGAUGUUGUCCGUGUUCUUAAUGGUUCUGCUUUUCAUGACACACAGUUCGUGUGCAGCGGCGAUCUUUCCUACCUGGGUGGUUCUUGGAGUCGCACAAUUGGUUCAGCUGGUGAUGUUCCACUACAAGGCGAUUUCUCUGCUGAGCACAUGAUUUUUGGAGUUGAUGGGGUUGAUCCUGUUAGGCGAGAGAAGCUGAUUGAUCUACUAGACAUUGAUCUGCAAUGGCGCAUGCAUAAAGUUUCAGACGGACAGCGCCGCAGGGUACAGAUUUGCAUGGGUCUUCUUCAUCCAUACAAGGUACUCUUGCUUGAUGAAAUCACCGUCGAUCUUGAUGUCGUGACCAGGAUGGAUCUCCUUGACUUCUUCAAGGAAGAGUGUGAACAGAGAGAAGCUACGAUCGUCUAUGCCACCCACAUAUUCGACGGACUUGAGACAUGGGCCACCGACAUCGCGUACAUCCAAGAAGGCGAACUCAGGAAAUCUGCGAAAUACUCUGACAUCGAGGAGCUAAAGACUGCCAAGAACCUGCUGUCGGUCGUGGAGUCAUGGCUCAAAUCUGAGACCAAGCUCCCGAAGAAAGAACCUCCGCGCGUUGAGAGCCAGCCCAGGCGCUCCUCCCCGUUCGAUGCCUCCCCUUUCCGAGCGUCACGCCACAUGGCCUACUACCGGUGAUGAUCGCCAGCACCUCUACUCCUAUUCUGGUGUCAUACAGCUCUGAAAUAUGUCAUUUCAUUUAUGGUCAUGUCCCCUUUAUAUGCCAAUGUAUCUGUAUAUUAAACAAGGCAAGCUUCAUUACGCCUAUUCAUCGCAUCCUUUACUGUACAAACAUUAAUUCAGUCCCUGUCUUCCUGUGAGAAAGUCUCCAUGUAUAUUGCCAAAAUUUCCUCGUUUAUCAUGAGAAAGCAAAGUGGCAAAGUGUACCUGUCU